CUAGCAUAAAAGUCGCGCCUCCCGCUGUCGAGAACAGGUCCUGAUCCGGGUGAGUCGAAGACUGAAUCUCGUGAAAUCACGUCUACAGGAGAAACUCCGCGACAGAGCAGAUUUCUUACAAGCAGCCAUGAGAGGGGGCUUUAUUCUUCUUUUUCUAGCCUCAGUGGCUUUUGUCGGUGGGAGAGCAGCGUUCACAUGUCUCUCCGAGUUCGGCAACCGCCUGGUGCAGUUUAAUGGCUACAGAGCCAGGGUGGAGCUGCCCUGCAAGUACAAUGCUAUCAAGGGCCAGCAAUGCGGUGACUACAUCAUCAACGUCACCCCAGGUAUCACCUUUAACGGCGUCGAUUACCUCUCUGCCACGGCCUGGUUGGGUGUCAAGAGGAUCUCCGACGGCAAGUUCAUCGAGUUCCGCACCAGCUACAAGAUCGCCGGCAAAUACCUGACAGAGCUGCAGUGCGAAGGCUCAACAACCCUGCUUCCGAUUGUAAAGAAAGACGGCAAUCUUGAGUUCACCGACAUCUUUAACUACACUCCCGAAGAUGACGGCCUUGGUGUGAUCUUCACUGAGAAACAAAAUACCUGGUCAUUCAGCUUUGGUCUGUAUGAGUUCAAAGGCAGUAAAUUCAAGUCUUCUGACUGGUCCUUCACUUGCAAUGAUGACAGCGUUCCACUAGUUCCGUAUCCUGAGCAGCUCUGUGGAAAUACAACCAAAAGCGUUCUGAAGGACAGGACUGCUGGCUUUACCCAAUGGUCAGACGAUGUGGCCACUAUUACAUACGACGUGUUCCGUAAUCCCAAGAUUACCCAAUACGAGAAAAUUGAAGAUUUCUGCCAAGUCAGCCAGGACAAGCUCGUCAACCUCUGUCCCGACGACGCAGCGAGAGAAAAGACCAUCGCCGCGUGCUGGAGGAUCCUGGGUGAGAAAGGUCACCGGAAGUGUCUGAGCAAGUACACCUUCUCGCCCAUCGAAAUCUUUGCCAACUGCAUAGACUGGAUGUGUCAAGGAGCUCCACCCAAGGACCCAACCAAAAGCUGUGACAAGGUCGCUGAAGCCAUCGACGACUGUCGCGAGUUUCCGGGUCUGACGAGCCUGGUGAAGGAGUCCAAGUGCUACAGCGGCCUCUCGUACCGGCUGAAGGACGACAGCGAGGGUGACAGCUGUCCUUAAACCUCCGACGUCACAACAUUUGACAGCGACGAUAUCGCUCAAAGCUUUAACGGCUUUAGUUCUUUUUCAGCCACAAUUUGUUUCUCUACAAAAAAUCUACUCUGUUGAUUUGGCUGAUCCUGUUCUCUAAACUGACAUACGUGACAGAUCUUUCUAUCAAAAGUGAACGUUAGAAAAGAGUAUUGGACUGAGUAGUGUUUAGCUGGAAUACUCUAGCAGCGCAGCCACUGUGCUUGCAGUAAGUUUUAUGAGGGCCUCUUUGACUUACAUACUUUCUGUUAAAUGCUAAAAGAAGUAUUCAAUUUCUGAAUAAACUUUGUUUGAAUAACGCAA